AUAUUUAUUUUUAUUUUCUCUGGGGGUUUCGGCUUCGCUCGCUGUUGCAAGAGCGCCUUUCAGAGUUCGAUCUCCAACACUCGCUGAAUCUUCAGGUUUCGAGAAGCUGCGGUUGUAUCGUGUUUGUUAGGUUUCUGACGGAAUCUGGGAAUUGGAUAUGGAGGGGGUACCUCUACCAGUUAUUUUUGAGCAGGCGCGAAGAAUUCAUCAAUCUGCCUGCGAUUCUUCCGUGGAUCAGGAUACUCUCAGAAAAGGAUGUGAGCUCCUGAGGAAAUGCGAGGAAAUGAUUGGGAAGUUAGGAUUAUUUUCUUCUAAUGAAACGAAGGAGGAUAUCAGCACUAUUAAUCUCAAAUAUCUACUCGUACCGUAUUUUCUUGGUGAGCUAAUGGAAAAAAUAACAGGAGAGGAAAGGAUCCAGAUUAUUAAAACUUCACAGGCCAAAUUAAAGGAAUUUAUCUCAUUUUGUGAGGCAAUGGAGCUUGUACCAGAAGAGGAACUGGAAUCAUCUGCAAGAGCUUCGGGUAACACAUCUGCUGAUCUGAGAGCUAGAAAGAUUGCUCGGUUUAAACGUCAGAAAGCUGCUGAGUCAAAGUUGCUUGAAAUCAAGGAGCGAAAGGAACGUCGUGGGCGCUCAACAAAAGCAUCUGCAUUGUCUGCUCCUGUUGAGGCUGGCGAAGAGGAUAUGGAUGAUGAUGACGGAGAAGAGGAAAGAGAGGCUUGGUUUACUACCAUAUCCCUGGCACUAUGCAAGGCACUUGAUUUACUCGAAAUGCUGAAGAAAGAGGAAGAGAUGCUUUCUGCUGUUAAGGAAAGACAGUCGCAGGAAGGGGAGAAUGAAUUUUCACAUUCUACCCUGGACGAGCGCACGAAGAAAGCAGAAGCAUGGCACCGUGAUGCUGCAACAAGGGUUCGAUACACAACUCCUGCUGCUCCAAUAACGUGUGCUACUUUUGCACAAGAUGUCUUGGAGGGUAGAGCAAACGUUUCACAGUAUCACGAGCACAAGCACCAGCCUAUGAUAUUUGGUCCCGCCAGCCUUGUGGGCAGAAACCCAACAAGCGAGAGGGAAAAAAUAGCAGCAAAAGUUUUCCAGCCUCACCACAGAUUACCAACGAUGAGCAUAGAGGAAGCCGGCUUAAAGGAGAUGGAGAUGAUGAACAAGUGGCAGGAGAAGAAUGCAAAGCUAAUUGAGGAAGCUAACUCAGCCUGGUACAAGGACAAGAAGCCGAUGAUGAGGCCAGGGGAGGAUGACGAGGAUGAUGACGAUGAUGCUGCCCAGGACCGGGCAAGAGCUUGGGAUGACUGGAAGGACGACAACCCCCGUGGGGCGGGGAACAAGAAGCUCACUCCUUGUGGUUAAUGCAACUCUCUUUCUUAUACUCUGGCAGGUAUAAUCACAUUUUAUGACUUGUUAGUUUUUUUUUUUUUUUUUAUAUCCUGUUUUAUUGAGGGCAUGUGGGCAUUUUAUUUACUAGUAGUUGUUGUUUUUGUUAUUAUCAGUAUGUAUAGCAGCAGCUGUUGUUGUUAAUGAUGAUCUGACAUAGGGCUGUUGUGUGUGUUUUGUGUACAAUCGAUGUCCUUUUCUCCGUAUGGGAAAUUAGAUUAAUGUUUUACUUUGGGCGUCAUUAGGAAUUGGCUGUAAUGUUUUGAAAAAGAAAGUGAUCAUAUUUAGUGAGAAUUGUGGAAAUUGAACAGUAAAGAAAUCGAAAAGGAGUGAAUUUUGGUUA